AUGCGCCCGUCUCUUGUACGACUUUACCGUGUUCUUGCUAUUGAAACCUCUUGUGACGAUGCGUGUGUUGCUCUCCUUGACAGGUUUUCCAAGGAGAGUCCUCCGAAAAUAAUCGAUCAUCAAAAGGCCACAUUAAAUUCGGCCUCUGCAGGAGGUGUUGUUCCUGCUGAUGCUGCUGUACAUAAUAGGAAGAGUAUAUCAACCCUCGUGGAUAACCUACUUAAAAAGCACAAGUGGAAUGUGCCCUCAACAAAACCCGAUCUUAUAGCUGUGACCAGGGGGCCUGGAAUGGUUGGGUCUCUUGUAGGGGGGUACCAACUAGGCAUGGGACUGUCUAUUGCUUGGGGGUGUCCCUUGGUUGGAGUGAAUCAUAUGUUGGGACAUCUACUGGUGGUACGGAUGCAGUCCAAUGGGGAACUUCCUAAAUAUCCCUUCUUGAGCUUGCUAGUAAGCGGAGGUCACACCAUGUGUGUCCUUUCGACCUCUUUGACUGAACACAAGAUUUUGGUGGACACAGUAGAUAUUGCCGCAGGGGAUGCAUUGGACAAAUGCGGUAGAGAACUAGGUAUUACGGGAAAUAUGAUUGGAAAGGAAUCAGAGAAGUUUCUGAACCUACAUAGGGAUCAGUGGGAGGAGCGUGUUGAUAUAAUGGUCAAAGAACCAAUGUUGAACCAAUGGGAUAGAGUCGACACUCUGCAAUAUUCAUUUGCUUCGUUCAACUCCCAAGUGAAAAACACCCUGAAAAAAUACUACAAUUCCCAAAUACCAAGUGACGAUCGUAUCAGAGCUAGAUUACUAUUUCAGUUCCAGAAGACUAUAUUCCAACAUUUGAUAUCAAAGAUAAAACUGGCUAUAAAGGCUGAUAACUUGGACGUGGAGAGCAUCAUAUGUUCUGGUGGUGUUAGUUCUAACCUCUAUCUCAGGAAGAUGAUGAAGGAUCAACUGCAACCUCUAGGCUUGAAAAAUUUCUACUUCCCUCAAUUGAAUCUGUGUACAGAUAAUGCAGUUAUGAUUGGGUGGGCUGGCAUAGAGCUUUAUGAAAAUGGAUUUACAACAGACGUGGGCACUUCUGUUGUUCGUAAGUGGCCAAUAGAUAGCUUCUUGGAGUUAGAGGGCUGGAAAAAAAACGGAAACCAAUUAUAA